GAACAACGAAACCAAAACAGAGCCGGACCCGGAGCCGGUCCUCAUAUCGGUCCUCAUAUCGGUCCUCAGUGCUCAGUCCUCAGUCCGGAUCAGAGUUCUGGUAGUUCUGGACACCAGCAGCCAGGACCCGAAUCGGACCUGGACCGGGCCGGACCGAGGUUGUUUUAUUUCAACUUGGAAACGGACGGAGAGACGGACUCGCUUUGUUCACCUCAGCUCCGGAUGGAAAAGGGACAAAAAAAACUAAAGUUUUUAUUUAUUUUUGAGUAGUUUUUUGUUUGUUUUUUUAACUCCACGGUUGAAACAUUUCUUAAUGCUGAAUAUCUGCUUUAGUUUCUUUAAAUGCGACCACGGAAUAAGCUGGAAACCCACCAGCUGACGGGCUGACGACAGGUUGCGCAACCGCGACUGUGAGAGACAAAGGCGUCAUUACCUCAUUCCCAGUCAUUCCCAGUCAUUCCCGGUCUGUCCUCCCAGUGCUCCCAGUGCUGAACUGAACAGGAAACUUUCUACAUCCCACCACCGGUUUCCCUGCAACUACCCCGGUUCUGCACCAGUUUCCUGCUGAAACAGCGCUCCAAAAGAUGAGCAUGGCAGUGGCCACAACCAAGUCUCAGCUCUGUCUGAAGAGGCUGCUGGACCAGCCUCAGGAGGAUUUACUGAAACGUAAACAAGCCCGGCUAGAACCGCCCCCUCCUUCCACGGGCCUAUCGCCGUGCCUCACGCACCCAAACCCCACCCCCAAAUCCAGCCACCGCCAACCGCCGUCCAAAGUGGGACCGUAUCUCCUGUUCGAACACUGUGAGCGGGAGGACACCUACAGGGCUGUUCACGAGCAAACGCAGCAGCAGUACACUUGCCAGGUCCUCCCUUUGAACGGUUACCAGGAACGGUUGGCAGCCUACGACCGCAUCGGUAAGCACGACAACGUCUGCGGCCUGCUGGACGUGGUGAUCGGUCAAGACGGCGUUUACGUUCUCCUGCCCAGUCACCAUGGCGACAUGCACGCAUACGUGCGCAACCGGAAACGCCUGGACGAGGAGGAGGCGGGGCACCUGUUCGCCCAAAUGGUCAACGCCGUGGCGCACUGUCACGGUCACGGAGUCGUGCUGAGGGACGUGAAGCUCCGGCGCUUCGUCUUCACCGACAAAUACAGGACACGACUCGCUUUGCUGGGCCUCAACGACAGCGUCAUCCUGUACGGUAACCAUGACGACGACUCUCUGACAGACAGGCACGGCUGUCCCGCCUACGUGGGCCCCGAGCUGCUGACCAACGGGACCGGGUCCUACUCGGGUCGCGCGGCAGACAUCUGGAGCCUGGGCGUGUCUCUCUACACCAUGCUGAUUGGACGAUACCCGUUUCAGGACACGCAGCCCGCCGCGCUGUUCGCCAAGAUCCGCCGCGGGGUCUUCAGCCUGCCCGACUGGCUGUCGCCGCAGGCCAAGUGCCUGAUCGGCUGCAUGCUGAGGAAGGCGCCUGCCGAGAGACUGGCGGCGUCUGAACUGCUGAUGCACCCUUGGCUGAGCAGCCCGCACAGGCCGCACCACAACCUGCACAAGACACAUCACAGCCACAACGCACCGCCACAGAACAAGCACGAGGACGAGGACCAAGUGGUGCCAACCUGGACUGAAAAGCACUGAUAAGUGCCCCGUUUGUACUUCCAUGCUCGUGAGAACCUGCACUGACGACUCCUCAUAGCCAGCAGCCGCGACCCUGAUCCCCGGUUCAAGCAUCAACCCACACCUCGACGCUCAACAGCCCUUUAAACCCACCGGUUCUCAUACGAGCAGAAAAACACUACAUACAACACCAUCCUGGAUUACUUGAACCUCGGGUGCCUUUUUCUGCAGCUUUGUUUCAGUUUCUCCAUUCAUCCAUUCAAUCAUUUUUUUACUGCAGGAGACUCUUCAAAUAAAGUUCCAGCGGUACCUGCCGUAAACCAGAUGCAUUUGAGAAGACAAACCUUUUCAAAUUAUGUAUUAUAGAGGCCCCAAAUGGAUUUGCAUCAAUCAGAACAGCAUCUUUAACGUAGUCGUCCAGCACCCGUCGUCGUGUUUACUCUCACUUUAGUAGCUGGGUUAUUUAGAUCACUGUGAGAUUCAGAUUUCUUUCCUUCAUGACAAAGACCUUAAUUAGUCGAAUCUUUUCCAACUUAGAGUAGAUGUCAAAACUUUGCUGUGUAAUUCCUGGGGGAAUUCCCUUUUCUGUCGCUAACUGCGGAAAGGUUUAGACAGAAUCUGAAACGCUGUCUCACUCAGUGUUGAAACGCCCAGCGGUGUUUAUGAGUCGCCGCUGCUGGGACGUCACGACCAACACAAACCCACAAAGAAACUGAACACAAAUUAAAGUUAGUGGGCAGUAACGAUUAAUACUAUUUAAAUAUGAAUAUGUGUUAUUGUUCGCAUCAUCUGCUGUUGAUCCCAGUUUGUAACUGAGAAGAGCAAAACUGUUGUUUUUUUUAGAAGUGUUAUCUCGGGUCAAUAUUUGAAUAUGCCAGUUUUCAUGACAUCUUAUUUUUGUGUUGCUCAUAAAAAAAAACUCUGUGCAAUUUCUUUGCUUGGACAUAAACUCA